AGUUCUACAUUGUGUUCCAUUGUAAAAGAAUUGGCUUGUGAAAAAAAGAAAAAAAGAAAAAAAAAAAAGAAAAAGGAAAAAUACAUCUACAAGAAAAGUAUUAAUCAGGAUUAUCUAAUCUGGAAUCGCAUUCAAAGAGAAAACAUCAAAAUGUCUAUAAAUAUACGCUGUGCAAACACGGAUGAUUUAUUGAACAUACAACAUUGCAAUUUGCAAUGUUUACCUGAAAAUUAUCAAAUGAAAUAUUACCUAUAUCAUGCUUUAUCUUGGCCACAAUUAAGUUACGUAGCAGAAGAUGAAAAAGGAAGGAUAGUGGGAUAUGUUCUGGCCAAGAUGGAAGAAGAUUGUGAAGAUAAUCCACAUGGACAUAUAACCAGUUUAGCUGUGAAACGAUCUCACAGAAGGCUUGGUAUUGCACAAAAACUUAUGAAUCAAGCUUCCAGAGCAAUGGUGGAGUGCUUUGGUGCAAAUUAUGUUUCAUUACAUGUACGUAGAAGCAAUCGAGCGGCUUUAAAUCUUUACAUAAGCAGUUUAAAUUUUGAGAUCUCCGAAGUCGAGCCGAAAUAUUAUGCUGAUGGUGAAGAUGCGUAUGCCAUGAAGCGUGAUCUUAAAUUUUUCCAUUUGGAAAAAGAAGAAGUAUUUAAAGAUGCUUAUACGGACAUUCAUUCAGGGAGAUGCUGCGAUCAUUCAUAGUUGGAUUGGAAUAUUUAUAUAUGCUUGUAUAUAAAUUGAUCAUCGAACAAAUUGUGGUGUAUUACGUUAACAUUAACACCAUAGUAUUUUGUGUCAUUUUCAAUCAAGAAUCACACAUGGAAAACAAAAACAAAACAAAAAAAAAAAAGAAAAAACGAAAAUGUUGAAUGGUUUAUUUUAACCGACUGAAUGUUCUACCAAUGUGUCAUGGAGAAAAUUAAAAGGAAAAAAAAAAAAAAAGAUAUGAAAAAUGUCGUUGCAAAUGUUUUAUAUAUUAUCAUGAAGAUAUUUGUUAGUGAUUAAACGUGGGAAUUGAAGGCGUUAUCGAAUUGAUUCUACAUUCUAUGGUGCAUAUUUGAUUAAUAGUUUGUAACAGAAAAGAAAAAUAUUGCCUGUAAUUACUUUAAAUACAAUGUACUUGAAACAUGUAAUUUUUAAUAUGCAAAGUAUCUCAGGAAAUAUAAAUUUUCUCUUUAAACGUUA